GUCUUCUACGCGCAAAUCUAUUCUUAAUGACAACACUCGAAAGUGGAUUCGCUUUAAACGAUACGUGACAAGAAUCUAAACUCACCGCUCGUCAAUAAAAUACACCUCAAGCCAUGUUCCCAUCUGCAGUUGCGUCCAUUCGUUUAGUGACUUGGUCCAAGAAAUCUUCCCUAUAUAUACACAUGCCUUUCUCACUCUCUCCUCUCAUUGCCAGCGAAAGAAUGGCUCCGUUAGUAGUCAAUGACAUUGAGCUAGAGGAGCUUGCAGGAAGCAUAAGGUCUUCAUCUCGAAGAAAUUCCGGCGCUGGCUCGGCGGGGGAAGGUGAGGAUGAGUAUGAGCUCCAGUGGGCAGCGAUCGAGAGGCUGGGAAGCUUUCAAGGGGUGGGAAAGCCGGUGGCUGGUGGAGAUGGCAAUGAGGAUCGGGGAGAGAAGAGGGCCGUCGACGUCACCAGGCUCGGGGCUCUUGAGAGGCGUCUGCUCAUCGAGAAACUCAUCAAGCACAUUCAGAACGAUAACCUCCGGCUGCUGCAGAAACAAAGAGAGAGGAUGGACAGAGUAAAUGUGAAGCUUCCCACUAUUGAAGUACGAUACAAGAAUCUGACCGUGGAAGCCAAGUGUGAAGUAGUCAAAGGGAAGCCUCUACCCACUUUGUGGAAUGCUGCCAAAGGAUUUUUUUCGGGUCUGGCAAAGGUUCCUGGUUUGAAGGCAGAAGGAACAAAGAUAAGCAUCCUAAGGGAUAUCAGUGGCGUUAUCAAGCCUUCCAGGAUGACUCUCUUACUUGGACCCCCAGGAUGCGGAAAAACUACUUUGUUGCUAGCACUGGCAGGCCAGCUAGACAAGAAUCUCAAGAUUACCGGAGAAAUUUCAUAUAAUGGCUUCAAAUUGGAAGAGUUUGUCCCAGAGAAAACAGCAGCUUAUGUAAGCCAAUAUGACCUGCACAUUCCUGAGAUGACAGUGAGAGAGACUUUGGAUUUUUCAGCACGCUUUCAAGGUGUUGGAAGCAGAGCUGAAAUUAUGAAGGAAGUCAGUAGAAGGGAGAAGAUGGCUGGAAUUAUUCCUGAAUCUGACAUAGAUACAUACAUGAAGGCAAUUUCUAUGGAGGGAUUAGAAAGAAGUCUCCAAACAGACUAUAUACUGAAGAUAAUGGGACUGGAUAUCUGUGCAGAUACAAUGAUUGGAGAUGCCAUGAGAAGAGGAAUCUCGGGUGGGCAAAAGAAAAGACUGACUACAGCCGAGAUCAUCGUUGGACCGAAAAAAGCUCUAUUUAUGGAUGAAAUAUCAACUGGACUAGAUAGCUCCACGACAUUCCAAAUUGUUUCCUGUUUUCGACAAUUGGCUCACAUCACAGAAACUACUAUUGUGGUUUCACUUCUCCAGCCUGCACCUGAGACCUAUGAUCUCUUUGAUGAUGUCAUCUUAAUGGCAGAAGGAAAGAUUGUAUAUCAUGGUCCUCGUAAUGAAAUUCUUAACUUUUUUGAAGAAUGUGGUUUCAAAUGCCCAAAAAGAAAAGGAGAAGCUGAAUUUUUGCAGGAGGUAUUGUCCAGAAAAGAUCAAGAACAGUACUGGUCCCAUCCACAUGAACAGUAUCACUACGUCUCAGUCAAUCAGCUCCUUGAGAAAUUUAAGACGUACUUCAUUGGACAGAAACUUGAAGAGGAUCUAUCAAAUCCCUAUGACAAGUCUCAGAGCCAUAAAAGUGCUUUAUCUUUCAGCACUUAUUCAUUACCAAAGUGGGAACUAUUUAAAGCUUGCAUGGCAAGGGAACUUCUUAUCAUGAAGAGGAAUUCCUUUACAUACAUAUUCAAAACAAUUCAGCUCUCCAUUACUGCAAGCAUCACAAUGACUUUUUUCCUACGUACACGGAUGGGAGUUGAUGUUCUUCAUGCUAAUAGCUACCUCGGAGCACUGUUUUACACCCUGAUGAUCCACAUGGUCAAUGGAUAUCCAGAGUUGUCUAUGACAGUUUCUAGGCUACCUGUGUUCUACAAACAGCGGGAUUUUUACUUCUAUCCUGCAUGGGCUUACGCAAUUCCUGCUUUUCUCUUAAAAAUUCCUGUUUCUCUGAUAGAAUCUCUAAUAUGGACAUCUAUUACGUAUUACGGAAUUGGAUACAGCCCAGAGCCAGAAAGGUUCUUUCGCCAAUUUCUUCUACUUUUCACUGUGCACCAGAUGUCACUUUCUAUGUUUCGUUUCCUUGCCUCGUAUUUCCAAACAGCAGUGGCCUCUUCAAUUAGUUGUACCUUGUCUUUACUACUUGUCAUGACAUUUGGUGGUUUCAUUCUCCCACGCCACUCUAUGCCGAGCUGGUUUAAAUGGGGAUAUUGGUGUUCCCCAUUAACAUAUGCGGAGAUAGGCUUGGCAGUAAAUGAGUUCCUCGCACCACGGUGGGAAAAGAUUGCAUCAGCAAAUAUAACUAUAGGAGAGCAAGUGUUGACAAGCCGUGGACUGGACUUCAAUGGCUAUUUCUACUGGAUAUCAGUGGGUGCCUUGGUUGGAUAUGUUUUACUUCUCAAUGUGGGAUUUACUUUGGCAAUAACUCUCAAAAAACCACCAGGAGUAUCUCGAGCAAUCAUCUCCCGCGAGAAGCUUUCUCAAAUAAAGAGAGAAGGCUCUAGGAAUGCAAUGGACCUAACGAAUACAUCCAAAGAUACAUCGUUGGAAACUUCAACAGAGAACAGGAAAAAGGGAAGGAUGACUCUACCCUUUGUUCCACUCACAUUAGCAUUUCAGGAUGUACAAUACUAUGUCGACACUCCUCCGGAAAUGAAAGAACAUGGCCAUGCAGAAAAAAAACUACAGCUGCUCCAUAAUAUUACUGGUGCAUUCCGACCUGGAGUUCUUUCAGCAUUGAUGGGUGUCAGUGGUGCAGGAAAGACCACACUAUUGGAUGUUCUUUCUGGAAGAAAAACAGGGGGCACUAUUGAAGGGGAGAUAACAAUUGGAGGAUAUCCUAAGGUUCAAGAAACAUUUGCCAGGAUAUCAGGUUACUGUGAGCAGAGCGACAUACAUUCUCCACAUAUUACAGUAGAAGAGUCGGUAAUAUAUUCAGCUUGGUUGAGGCUUCCAUCACAAGUUGAUCCAACUACUAGACGUGAAUUCGUAACUGAAGUCCUUGAAACAAUUGAGCUUGACGAAAUCAAAGACUCCUUAGUUGGGAUACCUGGGAUCAAUGGAUUAUCUACUGAACAGCGGAAACGACUGACGAUUGCAGUAGAGCUUGUUGCAAAUCCAUCUAUUAUAUUCAUGGAUGAACCCACAUCAGGUUUGGAUGCUAGAGCAGCUACUAUUGUUAUGCGUGCAGUGAAAAAUGUCGUGGGGACAGGAAGAACGGUGGUCUGCACUAUUCACCAACCUAGUACUGAUAUAUUUGAGACAUUUGAUGAGCUAAUUCUCAUGAAAAGGGGAGGUCAAUUGAUAUAUGCUGGGCCAUUAGGUCAACAUUCAUAUAAAGUUAUUGAGUACUUUGAGGGCAUUGCUGGAAUAUCAAGGAUAAAGGACAAUUACAAUCCAGCAACAUGGAUGUUGGAAGUUACCUCUACAUCUGUUGAAGCACAACUUAAUGUAGAUUUCGCGCAAUUAUACAAAGAGUCAUCACUCUACAGGGAUAACCAAGAGCUAGUCAAACAACUGAGCAAACCACCACCAGACUCAACUGAGUUACAUUUCCCUACCCGUUUUCCACAAAAUGGUUGGGGGCAGUUUAAAGCUUGUCUAUGGAAGCAGUAUCUGUCAUACUGGAGAAGUCCUCAUUAUAACUUGACGCGCACGAUAUUUACAAUAAUCUCAUCAACAGUAUAUGCAGCUUUGUUCUGGAAGCAUGGGAAAACAAUAAACAACCAACAAGAUCUGUUCAACGUGUUUGGAUUGAUGUAUAUUUCCUCAAUCUUCUUUGGCAUAAUAAGCACGACAUCAAUUUUUUCAUACGUAGCAACUGAGCGCACUGUCCUCUACCGUGAGAAAUAUGCAGGAAUGUACUCUUCAUGGGCCUACUCAUUUGCACAGAUGGUCAUUGAGAUUCCUUAUGUAUUUAUCCAAAUAGGAAUAUUUGCGAUCAUCAUAUAUCCAACAGUUGGCUAUGUCUGGUCGGCUCAAAAGUUUUUAUGGUUCUUCUUCACAAUGUUCUGCACAUUGCUCUAUUUCGUUUACAUAGGAAUGUUGCUUGUUUCGGUGACGCCAAAUGUUCAAAUUGCUUCAAUAUUGCAAUCUCCAUGCUAUGCAUACCUAUAUCUCUUCUCAGGCUUUAUGGUUCCUGGCCCGCAAAUCGCGAAGUGGUGGAUUUGGCUUCACUAUAUCAGCCCUGUGACCUGGACAUUAAAUGCCCUCUUAUCUUCACAAUAUGGAGACAAUGACAAGGAGAUCAUGGUGUUCGGAGAGACGAAAUCAAUUUCCUCUUUUAUAAAGGAUUACUAUGGGUACCAUCAUGACCGUCUGGGAUUUGUUGCUAUUAUCCUUAUAGCCUAUCCUCUUGUCUUAGGUCUUCUUUUCGCAUUUUGUAUACAAAAGCUAAAUUUCCAAAGAAGAUGAAGAUGAAAGCUUCUGUACUAGCAAAUAAUGAUCUGAAAAUAUAAACAUGGCAUCAUUGAUUACAAUUUAAAA